UGUGCCACGGCGCUUUACGCGGUCGGUCCGCGUUCCAGUGUUCGACACGAACAUUUUAUUUAUCUUUGUAAACUCGCGCGCGCGCAUGUGUGCGUGUGUGUCGGCUCGUAUAUUCGCGUCCGUGUCAAUGCGCGCGCGCGUCUGUGUGUGCGUGUGUGCGUGCUUGUGUUCUUGUGUGCUUGUGCGCGUCUGACUGUCGGCCCGUCGGCGUAUUGCAAUUGUGUGUCCGGUCGUGAUCGGUACGGCGUUUCGAUGGCGAUUUCUACUUCUUGUCCGACGUCCGCGACAAGUACUGCCGCGUGAGUCCGUGCCGUCGUCGUGCACCGCGUAUCCGCCAUAGACGCCGUUAACCCCGUCCGUAACCGGUGCUCGCGUUCAAGUUUCGUAUUUCCUCGUCGCCGCCUUUUCGCCGUCGACCGCGCGGUGCUCAACCCCGAACCUACGGAGCUUAUAGGAAGAAGAAGUAGAAGAAAAAGAAAAAAUAAAAUAUCAACGAAAAUGCUCGACGUCCAAUAACGUGCCGUAGCCUUCGCGAACAACAAACACUGAUUGUCGUCGAAUCGGAAGACCGACGUUCCCGACCACCGUGGAUCUUCGUUCUCUUAUCUAUUCGUGCGGGCGUCAGCGGGGUGUUGUUGUUUCCGUUUGAUCGGCUGUGCGAAUUCCCGUGCGUGUGGUACUCGCGACUACCAGUCGACGUUCCUCGUGUUCGUUGUUUACAUUUUUUAGCUGUUGCCGAGUGGUUCUGGUCGUAGCGUCAACCGCCGACUGUCGUACUCGCGGUUGCGAUCCUCGCGAGUGCUGUACUACUGCUGCGCACCGCUAUGGAAGUCGUCGAGGUGAACGAGAUUCCUUGUCGUUCCGACGUCGACGAAGUAGUUCUGCUGGAUAUGGACAAGACUAACGGCGUGCAAGAUUCACCUGAGAUGCACAAAUUGAACGUAGAAGAAGAGAUUGCUGUCCGGACGUUAGAAGAUACUGCAGACAAAGAGGUAGUAAUUCAAGAGCAGCAAGGCGACAACAGUGGCACCAAUGGUAUGAUGGAAGUUGUUGAAACGUGUGACGACAGUAUCCAAGAUGAUCAGAUGGAGAUUGUGGAUGAAAGCAUGUGCAACAGUACCGUUGUUGUCAACAGUUGUAGUGAUUCUCAUGAACCCGAAUUGAAUGUGUCUGAAAUGACUAUUGUUGAUGAGAACGGCCAGAAACUCGAUUGUAUUGUUAUUGAUAACAACCAGGAAAUUGAAGUUGAAAAUAAUCAAGAAAUUACAGUUGAAAAUAAUCAAGAAAUUGAAGUUGAAAUUGGAAAUAAUCAGGAAAUUGAAGUUGAAAUUGAAAAUAAUCAGAUAUUUGAAGAUGAAAAUAAUCAAGAAGUUGAAGUUGUUGAAUUAGCCAAUGCGAGUGUAACUGAAGAUAUGGAUACCAGUACCAAUGAAUCUGAGAUUAAGGGUGAAAAUACUAAUGAAUCAUUAAAUACUGAUCAAACUAUGGAACAAGAUAUCCAACUUUAUGAAACUAAAAACACAGAUGGUACACUGGUUGUGAAAAAAAAUCAAGUAACAGUUACAAUUCCUCAACAUAUUGCUGGACGUGAUAUUUCCUCUUUAACCGAAGAAACUUUGCCUCGUUCUGGAAAACGAAUGUUAAAACCUAGAUUUGGUGUCAAAGUACCUUAUAUUCAUAUGACUAGUCAAAUAGUCACACAAGAUGAAAUUGCCAAAGAACUAUUUGAACGAUUUCAACAAAAAUAUCCAAUAACUCGAGUUGAUAAGCCGGAUAAACUUUUUUCUAUGAAAUUGACCCAUCGAUUAGCUAAUAAAAUUUCUCCUUUAAAAACUCCCGAUGGGAAAUCUAAAGAUUCAACUAAUACUUCUAAUAAAAGUUCAAAAAAAUUAAAUAUUAAAAAAGAAUUAUCAAAUAAAAAAUUAGAAAAAAUUGAUGCAGGUACAACAUCAAAGUCUGUUGAAAAUAGUCAAAGUCCAAGUUCCAAUGUUCAGUUGUCCAAUAAUGUUUCUAAAGAGUCUAUACAAGAUAAUGAUUCACAAUCUGAUUCUCAACACAUUGAUCAAAUAACUAAUACCUUGAAGAGUUUAGAUCAGUCUGCUGAUCAGUCAAUAAAUAAUAUAUCAGAUGAUAAAAAUGAUGAGAAAAUAUCUUCUAAUGAAGAAUUAAUUGCUAUUCUUGAAGAUUUUGAGGUUAUCGAAACUGCUGAUACAAAUGGUAACAAAGUUCCAGAACUACCAAAACCAGUUGUGAAAAAAAAAAUAAUUCGAAGCACAACUAGAACUAAAAGGUCUAAACCGAAAUUAGAUCCAGAAAUAGAAAAACAAAUAGCUUUGAAACAACUUCAAGAAGUUUCCAGGCCAAAGAGGUUUGAUUCUCACUUUGCAAAAAGAAAAGCAGAAACCGAAAAGAAACUAUUGCCCAAAGCGGAUCUUGGUUCUGCUCAAAAACGGAAAAAACCUGGUGAUGUACCUGAAGUUAAAAUAGCUAUUGAUCAAUAUAUUAAAUCGUAUACUGACAAACGUCAAUCUACUGUAAAAUUGGAGCCAACCUUUAAUGAUGAGACUGCUAGUGAUAAUAUCGAAGAAGUUGAGUCUGAACCUAAAACUAAUGAAGUUGCUAAAGCAAGAACCAUGAGAGAAAUUAAUCGACUUUUGGGUGAUGAAGGAGCAAUAAAUAUGAUUUAUUCUCUUGAAAAAAGAAGAUCUCCAGGUAAUAAUAAUUCCAAAAAUAUUCUCCCAUCAACUCGCCGUAAAAAGAAAGACUUGAUGUUAAAAACUAAAUUGGUAAAAAAUGCUAUGCUUAAGAUGAGUUCUCCUGCCAGUACUGCUUUAUCAUCCAAUCGUCUUGGUCGACGUUCUGAUGUAUGUACUCCAUCUCUUACACCUGAAAAUAAAUGUACAAGAAAGACUUCGUUAGAUUCACAGGGUUCUGAUCAGUCUGUUAAAUCCUUAGGAAAUUUCUCUGGUAGAAAAAUAAUUCCAGCUGAUGAAUCUAAAAUUAUUAGAAAACAUUCAUCUAGUAGUGAAGCAUCCAGUGUUGGUGGUAGUCCAAUACAUCCAAUACCUGUACAUGUACCUAUUGAUAACGUGACUACAAAACAUGCACCUGUAAAACCUUUGAGAGUAUAUACUAGAAAAAAUAAGACCUCUGAUGAUAUUUUGUUAAAUUUGGAUGAUCAGCCAUUUACAGAAACAAGCAAAGUAACAAAUAAAAGUUGUGCUAAAACCAAGGCUCCGGUCAGUCAAAAAGUUAAAAAACAAUCAUUACAAGUAUCAAAAUUAUCGAAAUCAUUAGCGGAAAGCAUUAAACAAGAAGUUGAAGAUACUAAAUAUAAUGAAAUUACUAUACGGCGAUAUGAUGGAGUAGUACAUAUUACAUUAACACCUGUGUCAACUGUUAUGAAAAAUGCUUUAAAUAUAUCAGUAAUGAAAGAACUAAUUAAAGAAUUGAAUAAUUUAGAAAAUGAUGAUACCUGUAAAGUAGUUUUAGUUUCAUCAGCGGGUAGAAUAUUUUGUCAAGGUUUAGAUAUUGCACCACUUAUACAUCAUGAUCCAGUGAAAUGUAAAGAAGCGGCUAUUGAAAUUUCAUCUGUUCUCAAGAAGUUUAUCUCAAGCCUAAGUAAUUUUCCUAAAUUACUUGUUGCUGGUGUGGAUGGAGCAGCAGUUGGACUUGGAGCUACUAUGUUAGUUCAUUUUGAUUUGGUUUUUGCCAGUGACAAAGCAACAUUUGAAACACCAUAUGCACAACUAGGUCAUAUUGCCGAAGGUGCAGCUACAACUAUUUUGGGUAGACUUUUGGUUGCUGAAAUGAUUAUUGGUAACCAAAGGUUAACUGCUGGACAAGCUCACUAUUAUGGUUUAGUGACAAGAACACUUUGGCCAGAUCGAUUCCAUGAUGAAUUAAUACCAUUAGUUAAAUCAUUAGCUAGACAAUCUUUACAGGCAAUGAAAACUUCAAAAGCACUCCAAAAACAAGAAACCAAAGAUAAAUUAGCUAAAUCAUUAGAGUCAGAAACACAUAUCUUAGUGCAGCAAUGGACUGGCGAUGAAUGUCAACAAAAUUUGCAAACAUACUUAAAAGAUGCCGUUGACAACAUUAAUACUUAAAUAUAUUCAUUUUUUAUUCACAAUGCGGCCUCAAAAUUUAAUAUUUUUAUGAGGUUUAUAUAAUGAAUUUUUGUUACUCAAUAAAUUGACACUGUUGAAAAAAUUGUUAAGGCUAUUACAAUUAGGUAGCCAAUACCUAUAUUAAAGUGGAUAUAGAAAAACUUUUUACAUCUAAUUUUUAUCAACUGAAUUGUAUUUUUUGAUUAGUUCAUAACAAUAAGAAAUUAUUGAUACAUAUACUUUAGUAAAUUAGUUUUCAACCAAUACGGGUUCAUUUAUUUAAUUAGGUUAUCACUGGCAUUUUAGAGUCAAUAUUAUAUUGAGAUUUUUUUACAUUGUAUUGGUUUUUUUUAUUUGUUAGCACUGACCCAUAUUAUUUUAGUAGUAUUAAUAACUAAUUUCUUUUUUAUCACACAAAUCAUUGAUUUUGGUACUCCUAUUUAUUUAGGUGUGUUUAUUUAAAUGUUUAAGUUUUUACUACUUU